CCGGAAAGAAAAUACUCCUUCAAAACAAUAUGGCGGCCCCCAUAUUCCCCUCACGCCGGACGGUUGUUUGUGUUUUUCUCUGAUUAUAUGAACCGGAUGUCCACUUCUGAAAAUUCACUUCGUUGUUACGGAUUAAGACUAAAUUAACUCAGAACAUGAGGAUACUGUGGUCCAGAAGUAGGAGCGGGGCGCUCUUUACGAGACAGUGGUCGUCUAGACCCGGGUCCGAGGACGGGUCACAGACGGGGUCUAGACCCGGCUCCCAGAAGGGAUCUAGACGCAGGUCGCAGGACGGGUCUAGACACGGGUCCGAGGAGGGGUCUAGACCUGGGUCACAGGACGGGUCUGGCCCGCCGACCCUCAAUCCCCCAGAGGAGACGGGGUUGGCCCGGGAGCGCAGACCCAGCAAGACCCCCGGGGAGAGCUCGGUGUUCCUGUUCCCCGGACAGGGGAGCCAGUUCGUGGGGAUGGGUCGAGGCCUCCUGAAGUACCCCAAGGUGAAAGAGAUGUUCUCGGCCGCGGAGCAGAUCCUGGGCUACGACCUGCUGUCCCUCUGCCUGCGGGGCCCAGAGGAACAGCUGAUGCGGACCGUCCACUGUCAGCCCGCCGUGUUCGUGACGUCACUGGCUGCCGUGGAGCGGCUCAACCACGAGAACCCCAAGGCUGUGGAGACGUGUGUCGCGGCUGCCGGGUUCAGCGUCGGAGAGUUCGCCGCCCUUGUCUUCUCUGGAGCGAUGGACUUCGCCCAAGCGCUGUACGUGGUGAAGGUGCGGGCGGAGGCCAUGCAGGCGGCGUCGGAGCGCGCGGCGGGGGGCAUGCUGUCUGUGCUGGGCCGCCCCCAGGCCCAGUACCGCCAGGCCUGCCUCCAGGCCCAGGAGCACUGCCGGGGCCUCGGGCUGGACCGGCCCGUCUGCAACGUGGCCACUUUCCUGUUCCCCGACGGCCGGGUCAUCGCCGGCCACAAGCAGGCGCUGGACUUCCUGCAGCAGAACUCCCGGCGGCUCCACUUCGCCCGCUGCAGCCCGCUGCCGGUGGGCGGGGCCUUCCACACACCGCUCAUGGAGUCAGCCUGCGAGCCGCUCAGAGACGUGCUCCGGCAGGUGGAGGUGCGGCGGCCUGAGAUCAACGUGUACUCCAACGUGGACGGGAAGCGCUACAUGCACGCGGGGCACGUGCGGCGGCAGCUGGCCCUGCAGCUGGUGUCGCCCGUCAAGUGGGAGCAGACGCUGCACGAGGUGUACGAGCGCACGCAGGGCCGGGGCUUCCCCCACACCUACGAAGUGGGGCCCGGCCGGCAGCUGGGCGCCGCGCUGCAGAGGUGCAACCUGAAGGCGUACCGCUCGUACACCCACGUGGACGUGGUCGCCGCCGACAACGAGGAGUGAGAGCAGGGGUGUGUGUGUGUGUGUGUGUGUGUGUGUGUGUGUGUGUGUGUGUGUGUGUGUGUGUGUGUGUGUGUGUGUGUGUGUGUGUGCCUCAUUGCCCCUUGGAGCUACUCAAUUCUAGCUGAGGGCGUAUGUGUUGUUGUGUGUGUGACUAAAUUAAAUAUCCGUUUUUUUUAUCAAUGAAAUAGUCAGGUUUUUUUUCUUAAAACUUUAUUUGUGAAUAAGCAAUUUCCGAAGGAGAAAGUCCAGCUUCCUUUGGUAAUGAGCAAGGCUACACAUCAGUCGCAAAUAACAAAAAAAUCCAUCUCUCAUCAUGGCCAAAAAAGAGGUUCCAUACAAAAAGGCUGCAGACCAGCCACAGUCAUGAACAUAAACCAACAUUAACCCCAAAUAGACCAGCUUUAUCAGAGCAGUGGCCGCGCUACAAGUUGCUGGACAUCUUGAUGACCGCCAGCUGCAUCGCCCCCGCCUCCUCACACUCAGAAUGCAUCAAAUUCUAAAACCGUGGUUCCCAACCUUUGAUGGCCCCAGAAUGUUUGCGAACCCCUCCCCUCCCCCCUUCUUACAUGUUGAUGCAUCAUUCCCCGCCCCCUACAACAUUGUUUUAAACCAAUCAUCAAUCACCUGAAAUAUCGCUGAUCCAGUGAAAUACCACAAUAAGUGAUUACAAGUCACUCGCUACAUAACGCUCGCUACAAAUCAUCAGGCACUCUUUGUAUGCAAGACUUUUUAUGACACCUUUCACCCCGUUAAAAUGAUU